GUGACUGGAGGGGACAUGCUGGCCGGGCACUAGCAGUAGUCAGCCUGUGCUGCCGCUCCGCCGCCGCAUUGUUACCGGGAGUCCGUCCUCCUCCUCAGCAGCAGCAUGCCCGGGAAAGCCGCCUGCUCCGGAGCCGCCAUGCAGAGGUCGUGCCGAGAUAUGGAGGAGCUGAUCGUGGAGCUGCGCUUGUUCCUGCAGCUGCUGGACCACGAAUAUCUUACCACAACGGUUAAAGAGAAAAAGACCGUCCUAAGCAACAUUCUGCAGAGGAUACAGUCAUCCAAAGAAUUCGAGCUGAAGAACCAUGUGCACAGAGCGGAGACAUCAAGCAAUGUACCUGCCCCUCCUCAAAUGCCUCUCCCAGAAAUCCCCCAGCAGUGGCUGCCUCCAGACAACGGACCCCCGCCUUUGCCAACAUCAUCGCUUCCAGAAGGGUAUUAUGAAGAAGCUGUGCCUCUAAGCCCUGGUAAAGCCCCUGAGUACAUAACUUCCAAUUAUGACUCGGAUGCGAUGAGCAGCUCAUACGAGUCUUACGAUGAAGAAGAUGAAGAUGGGAAAGGACAGAAAAAGAGACUACAGUGGCCGUCUGAAGAAGCCUCCAUGGACCUUGUCAAAGAUGCUAAGAUCUGUGCAUUCCUGCUGCGGAAGAAAAGAUUUGGGCAGUGGACUAAACUUUUAUGUGUCAUUAAGGAAAAUAAAUUAAUGUGCUACAAAUCUUCCAAGGAUCAGCAACCUCAGAUGGAGUUACCCUUGAACGGCUGCUCAGUCUCCUACGUACCGAAAGAUGGGAAGAAGAAGAAGCAUGAACUGAAGAUUAUUCACCAGGGGACAGACGCUCUGGUUCUCGCCGUCCAAAGUGAGGAACAGGCCGAACAGUGGCUGAAGGUAAUAAAAGAAGUAUGUGGGACCGUGGACUCGGAUGGACCCUCUUCGAGUUCUCCUGUGCCAAAAACAGAAAUAGAAAAGAAAUCGUCGGAGAGGCCGAGCUCAGACGGGGAGUGCAAUGUGGAGAAUAGCACAGCAGUUGUCAAUGGCAAGGAGCCUGGGAAACGAAAGAAAAGUGGCACAAAAGCUGAGCCGAAAGGUACAGUAACCAAAGUAACAGGAAAGAAAAUAACAAAAAUAAUUGGUCUGGGGAAGAAGAAGCCAAGUACGGAUGAGCAGACCUCAUCGGCAGAAGAAGACGUUCCAACGUGUGGCUACCUAAAUGUCCUAAGCAACAACCGGUGGAGGGAGCGGUGGUGCCGGGUCAAAGACCAUAAACUCAUCUUCCAUAAAGACAGGACCGAUCUUAAGACGCACAUCGUCUCCAUACCUCUGAGAGGAUGUGAAGUCAUCCCAGGCCUGGACUCCAAGCAUCCCCUGACGUUCCGUCUUCUCCGUAAUGGCCAGGAGGUGGCCGUGCUAGAGGCCUCAUCUUCAGAAAACAUGGGCAGGUGGAUCGGCAUCUUACUGGCAGAAACGGGUUCCUCUACAGAUCCUGGAGCGCUGCACUAUGACUACAUCGAUGUGGACACCACCGCCAAUGUCAUCCAGACAGCUAAGCAGUCUUUCUGUUUCAUGAACAGAAGAGUCAUCUCCACUAACCCCUACCGUGAAGCCCCCACAAACGGCUAUUCAUGUCCCAGCGGAGUGGCCCUUCACUACGACGAUGUCCCGUGCAUCAAUGGAUUGUGGAGGCCGGACGAGGAUUAUUCUUUCAGGCAGAAGGGAGAAGAGGUGCUGUAUGAUGAUGCAGAUGUGUACGAUAACUUACCAUCUCCAAAAAUCUUUGCACGCAACCCGUCGACUGACAAAAAGCCCAAUAGGUUCUCCUCUGAGAAACUUUCUCCUAACCACUACAAAUCUCCUGUCUCGUCCAGUCUGUCCUCUCAGUCUGUCACUAACCACUCUCCUACUCUGGGGAGGGCGUCCGCUGGCUCCUCUUCUCAGCUCAGGAGCAAGAAGCCUCCUACAGCAUCUAAUGGGAUUGCAUCAAAAUCCAGACUGGCCACCAACCAGCAAAGGAAGCCGGUUCCAGUCAGCACAGUAAAGCGCAAUGCCUCCAAUGCUGAGCAGUAUAAAUACGGCAAGAACCGGGUGGAGGCUGAUGCGAAGAAAUUACAGCAGAAAGAGGAGGAACUACUGAAGAAGAAAGAAGCUCUGAGGAACAGACUGGCCCAGCUCCGCAAGGAGAAGCGGGAUACCAAAGCCGCGAUUGAAGCUAAUGCAGGGAGGAAAUCUCAGGCAAUGCUGGAGGACAAGUUUAAGAAGCUGGAAGACGAAUGUAAACUAAAGGAGACCGAGCGGGUCAAUCUGGAGCUGGAGCUGACAGAGGUGAAAGAGAACCUGAAGAAGGCCAUGGCAGGUGGAAUCACUCUCGGUCUCGCUAUAGAACCCAAGACAUCAAGGCCCCAGUCUCCAGUUCUCCGGCAUCGGACUGUGGAGAACUCUCCCAUCUCCAGCUGUGACACCAGUGAUGCAGAAUGCUCUCUACCAGUUAACAGUGCUGCGAUAUUAAAGAGACAGCCACCUGCAAAUAACUCCCCGGUACGAGGCCAUGUGCUAAGGAAGGCAAAGGAGUGGGAGCAGAAAAACGGCACAUAAGCCACGACACUUCAUCCUGUGACCUGUAUUUCAGCCUUAAAUAGCACGGACCAAGAGACAGAACUACGCAGUAUUUUUAUACCAGGGUGCAAGAGUACAUAGGUUUUGUAUGAAGUUCUCCCAACACGGCAGAGCAGCUGUGAAGGGCUUUGUCUCCGAGGACCCAUUCCUCUGUCAUGUGGAGAGCGAUUGAACGGCCUCGGUUUUCAUUGCUGGGCAGCUGACUGGCUCGCUGAAGACCAGGAUAAGCUGGUCGCGUCUCCAGUAUCUUGUUUUAUAUGCACAUAGUACGCCUUCAAUCACAUUCCAGGGUUUCUUGUCUAUUGCUCUCGUCUGCCCCCUGCUGUCUCACCUGAUGAAUUGCAUGUUGAGUUCUUUCCGGAUGAUUCAACGGUCAUGACCCUGCACCUUCCACUUUUUUUAUUGCACAAGUUUAUUGGCACAUUGGUCACUUACUUUUUCUGUCCGCACAAUGGAGUUCUUCGUCAUCAAUCAAGAUUGCCCCCAUCUUAAAUUCCCCGUGUCCAGAUACCUACUGGUCUUAAAGGGGUUGUCCAGGAGUACGUGGGGGGGGGGGGGGGGGGGGGGGGGAAUGGUU